AGUGUUCCAGGAAGGUGCUUCCAGCAAGCUGGCCGUACCGCGCUUACUGCACGACCGAUAGCAGCGGAGGCCAGCAGCAGCGACAGUAUGGCUUAUUAUGGCAAUCAUGGAAAAGGACGCACCAAAAAUCACCACAACAAUUUUGACCGCGAUGAGCCGAACGGGUUCAAAAACCCACAAUACGGCCCGCAUGUGCAGUUAAUUGACGCGAAUUGGGAACGGCAAGUGACAGCAAAGCUGGAUGAGUUCAUGAAUGGGACCACUACAGAGCUUUGCUUUCCACCCAUGGAAAGACCUGAACGGCGGCGCUUGCAUGAACUAGCUAGACGUAAAGGAUUACAAACAUCGAGCGAAGGGUUAGUGUGGCUUGAAUUUAUGGGUUGUUAG